UUCCUGCGGACACACACGCACACACUGCACGUGGACACGGAUCCCCUAUGUACCCUUCAAAUCUAGAAAAACAUGUUUGACAGCUGCUGAUAGCAUGUGAGCUAAUGCUUUGCCACGCAGGAGGAGUCGUGCACAGGUCAAAGUUUUAGCACUGUCUUGCUUCCUCGUUUAUUUCGAAGAAAAACAUGGCAGAGAUUUUUCCCCGCUUGAAUAUGUUUAGAAUCGGGUGGAGAGGCGUGAAACUGAGCAGGAAAGUCACUAAUGCAGCUGUUUCUGCGCAGACGCGACGCCGCUAUAGCACAGAGUGCAGCUUGUUUGGGCUUCUGUUUGACAUUGACGGGGUGCUGGUACGUGGACGGACACCCAUCCCUGCAGCCAAACAGUGUUUUAGGAACCUGGUGGACGGCGAUGGAAAGUACAGGGUUCCUGUGGUGUUUGUGACAAAUGCGGGAAACUCUCUGCGAGAGACCAAGGCCGAGCAGCUGUCUCACCUUCUGGAGGUUGAGGUGUCACCAGACCAGGUGGUGCUGUCCCACAGUCCUCUGCGGGUUUUCACUCAGUUCCAUGACCUGUGUGUGCUGGUGUCCGGACAGGGACCCAUCGUGGAAGUUGCACACAAUGUAGGUUUCAAGAACGUUGUGACCAUUGACAUGUUAAGGGAAGCGAAUCCUCUCCUGGAUGUAGUGGAUCACAAUCGCAGACCUAAAGACAUGGUUCGCCCAUCUAUGGAUUUGCCCCCAAUAGAUGCUGUCAUCCUGUUUGGCGAGCCUAUCAGGUGGGAGACCAACUUACAACUGAUCACUGAUGUGCUCUUUACCAAUGGGAGGCCAGGAAACCCUGUGACAUCAUUGCAUUACCCACAUAUCCCCGUUCUGGCCUGUAACAUGGAUCUACUGUGGAUGGCCGAAGCCAAAAACCCUCGAUUUGGACACGGCAUGUUCCUCGUGUGUCUGGAGAGCAUCUAUAAGAAGAUAACAGGCUGUGAGCUGAAGUACGAGGCUCUGAUCGGGAAGCCCAGUGUUGUGACGUACAACUACGCUGAACUGCUCAUCAGAAAACAGGCCGAGAAACUGGGCUGGACCCGACCGGUCGAGAGACUUUACGCCAUUGGUGACAACCCGAUGGCUGAUAUUUAUGGUGCAAACCUGUACAACCGCUACCUCAAAGCGAUGCAUCGAACCCGUGCGCAGGCGCAGGGCGGCUCGAGCAGUCAGGUGACCGGAGACCUGCAGAGUGAAGCGUCCGACGAUGCCAAAGGUUCAGGACGGGUGAUGGUGGGAGGCUCGUUCGAUCACUGUCUGCCCGAAGGCUGCAGCUCCAUCCUGGUCUGCACGGGUGUCUACAACCGCGAUCACCAGGACCUGCCCUCGGACCCCGAGCAGACGGUCACAGAGCAGCGGAUCUUCCACGGUCACCGGGACUUCCGCUUCGACCCCAGUCUGACGCAGCCCUCCUUCAUCGUUCAUGACGUUCGGGACGGGGUGGAGUUGGUCUUCCAGCAGGAGGGUUGGUCACUGCAUUAAACCAUCGUUAAUUACUCCACAUCUACCUGCCAUGAGUCACGAAUAGGGCUGCAAAAAAAUUAAUACACACAUAGUAUGUACGUGACAAAAAAAUAUUUUUUUUAACGAUUAACCGCAAUUAAUUGUUUUGCAGUUGUCGAAACGAAAUCAAUCCUCAUUAUAAUUCCUGUCCAUGUCCUCUUUUUGGCGAUUUUCGAGCCAUUUUAUUUUUCCUGUUCAUCUGAAAUGAUUUUAAUUUUAAAUAUCAUAAAUGUUAAUUAACUGCAUUGAAUUUUGUUAAGUUAAAUACUCAUAUUUCUUUGUCACUUGCCCUCUAUUUUAAAUCAUGUUUUGCAUUAGAAAACCUGUUUCCAGAGUAAAAUAUAUGUAACGUAAUUGUAAAGGUGUGUAUAUAUUUGCGAAAUUUGUCAAAAGUGUAGCAAUCUAUAAAGCGCAGCUAAAAAUAGACUUAUACGUAACUGCACAAGCAUACAAUUGACUGAGGCCCAUUUCUGCUUGGAGUAAAACAAAGGCAGCUUCAUAUCUUCCAAUUCACCUGACUUUAUAUCAUACAAUACAACAUUUCUUAUUUCUUACACUUUUUCUUAAGGUGAUAUCACACUGGGAAAAUAUAAUAUAUAUAUGUUUCUGUGGCUAAAAUACAUGCUAAAUAUAUGUUGCAAACUUUCAAUUAAAUAGAUUCUUAAAAUAAAUAUAUACCCAAAUAUAUUUAUAAAUGUAUUUCAGGGGCAAGAAAAUAAAUUUCCAAUCUUACAGUAGCCUACAUUUAAGUUAAAUAUAAUUGUGGAUAUCCUAUAAGAGAUCAAAUGGUAGGUUUAUAAUGAUUUAAUAAUGUUUAAUAUUUUUAUAUAUUGCAAUAUUGUAUUUUUUGGAGCAUUUUAAAUUGUCCCUUGCUAAUGUGUUAUAUGUUUGCAGGUGUUAUAAAUAACAAAUCAAGUUUUGUUUUAAAUGCAGCAUAUGUGAAUGCAUUUUCUUAGACUGAAAUAUAUAGAGGU